AUGCAGCGGGCCUUGUUUACUGAGGAAGAGGUGCGCCUCGCCUCUAAGCGACGCCUGAAAUAUCAAGGGUCGGCGAAAGUUAGUAUUAGUGACAUUGAAUUUGACCCACCAUUGCCUCGAGACCUAGACUCGAGAAAUCUAGACAGGAUUUCGGAAGUGACAGCCGGCGCUUUGAUAACUAAAAGUGCUGAGUGUCUUCCUAGUCUCCGAUUCCUAUUAGGCAAGCUGCGGGGUCUGCAUGGACGACAUCGCGCGCAGGCCGGCUCCAUGGUGCUGGCGCCCAUCGACCGAUGGUGGGCCGUAGACCUAUAUUUUGACGGUCUGACCGCUGCCCUGUUCUACUCUAGAAGCGACGAGAACUGACUGCGUGCUUCGGUACAGAUAUUAGUGAGGAACUAAGGACAACUUUAGUAGAAGAAUAUUCCAACCAGAAGUCGCCAACUAAUGGC